UUUUGUGAAAAUGUUGAAUACUAAUGAAACAAGGAUAAAAUAUUUUUUCAUCUUAGGAUUUCCAGGAAUUUUGCCAAAGUAUCAUGGACCUGUAUCUGCUCUGCUUUUCCUAUUUUACUUGGCUAUAACAAUGGGAAACAUUUUCAUUUUAGUAUUUGUAAAAUAUGAACGCUCACUUCAAAAACCAACUUAUUACAUCUUUUGCCACUUGGCAUUAACUGACUUAUUAUUUGGAACUGUAACUCUGCCAAAAGCUAUAUCAAAAUACUGGUUUAAUGACAGCAUUAUUUCAUUUUACAGCUGUCUUGUUCAAAUGUUCUUUGUUCAUUUAAUUGGUGCAGCUCAUUCUUUUAUUCUGAUGGUGAUGGCCCUUGACCGUUGUAUAGCAAUUUGCAUUCCACUGCGUUAUAAUUCACUGUUUAGUAAUAAAACUGUUUCUGUGCUUUGUGGAAUUUCGUGGCUUGUGCCAACAAUGUUUAUGGUUGGCAAUAUUUUUGAAAUUUUGAGAGUCCCUUUUUGUAAUUCAAACAUAAUUGUCCAGUGCUACUGUGACCACAUGUCAAUAUCAAAUCUUGGAUGUGAUCAUGUACGAGAAGUUAAGAUUGUUGCAUUGGUUUUUGCCAUGAUUAGUUUGCUGUUGCCACUGGGAUUUAUUAUCUUAUCCUAUUUUGUCAUCAUUGCUGUUGUUUUGAGCAUAUCUUCCAUUGGAGGCUGUAUAAAGACUCUGUCUACCUGCACCCCACAGCUUAUCAUCACAUGUCUGUACUAUUUGCCAAGAUGCUUUUAUUAUUUGGCAAAUUUUGUGGGAUACUCUUUCAGUGUUCCUGUUCAAAUAGUUAUAGUAAUGUUGUACAGUCACAUACCUGCCGCUGUAAACCCACUAAUAUACUGUAUGCAAACAAAGGAUAUCAAAGAAAAAUUAAAAAAGAAGUUGUUCUCCUGGAAAAUUGAUAGCACCACAAAACCCAUGUAGUACAAAACAUGGCAGUAAAUCGGAAACUGGGAGAGAAGAUUGUUUCCAUAAUUUGUUUUUAUUUUUCCUGAACCCUGUGAAAUUGUUGAAGUGGCUACUGACAUUAAUUUCAAAAUAAAACAAAAUUAAAAAUUA